UUGUUACUCAGUGGGGGGCGAGUGAGGCGAACGGGGGUAGCCGGCUUGUGGGCGUCUACGGCUGCCAUAUCUCGCGGGGCUCAUUUAUCCUUCUACUGUCCUCUCCUGCCCUGUAUUAACCCCAUUCUUGCCACUGACGAGUAUGAACUAUGCUGCCCGGCAAAUACCGCGGGAGGCUGGUGUCUAAUGCUGUAAACAAUUGCGGACUCCAUUUGGUUUUGCAGACAUCACCUGUACCUGACAAAAACAAGCAGGUUGAGUACAGAUUAAGUAAAGAAACCUCUUCUGUUAAUAAUCGGAGCACUCAGCAUGAUUUAGAAAGGAACAAUGCUGGUAGGCCAGGUAUAAGUGUCAGAGAUGGAAGAAAUUCAAGUCCUGCUCCUCGAAACAAACCACCUUACAUUCCACUAGCCACUAAUGUAACUGAGGUUUUUGGCUCUGCUCCAAAGCAUGGUAGAGAGUCAUUGUCUCUGGGAGCACUUGGAGACUUUCCUGCUCAUCUUUCCACAAAAUCUAGAUCCAGAUCAGUUUCACACUGUGCCAGCCCCAACAAUAACAACGAUGAAGCCCCUCAAUCAAAAGAUAAUUUCCAUUAUAUUAAAAACUUGUCAAAGCCAGAGCAAGGCUGUCCGGUUGUGCGCCGCUCUUCCGAGGAAAAAGCUGCUAACCCAGACAAGCUUAAUUUGGAAAGGCGGAGGCUGGAAGUGUGCCCGGUAAUGGAAGGUGAAGAACAGUUGCGUUUAUUGUAUUUGCAGCACAACUUUAUCUCAAAAAUCCAGAACCUUUCAAGCCUUCAGCGCCUUAUAUUUUUAGAUUUGUAUGAUAAUCAAAUAGAAGAAAUAAGUGGGCUUUCUGCGUUAAGAUCCCUGCGGGUGCUUAUGCUGGGAAAGAACAGAAUUCAGAACAUUGCAAACUUAGAAAAGCUUAAUUAUCUCGAUGUAUUGGAUCUACAUGGGAAUCAGAUAUCUAAAAUUGAGAAUGUAAGUCACCUGCGAGAGUUGAGAGUGUUAAACCUCGCUAGGAAUCUUAUAAGCCAAGUGGAAAACCUUAAUGGUCUAGACUCCCUGACAGAACUUAACCUUCGGCACAACAAAAUCAAUCUUGUGAGAGAUGUGGAUACUUUGCCCAGCCUCCAGCUCCUGUAUCUCAGCUUUAACAACAUAUCAAGACUCCAUGACAUCCUGUGCCUUGCGGACUCCACAUCCCUCUCAGAUGUCACGCUUGAUGGCAAUCCUAUAGCUCAGGAGACAUGGUACAGACCAACUAUUCUGGGACAUAUGCUGCAGCUACGCCAGCUGGAUAUGAAGAGAAUCACGGAGGAAGAAAGACGGACUGCAUCUGUUCUUGCAAGAAAAGAGGAAGAGAGGAAGCGUGAAAGCCAUAAACAAGCCUUACUUAAGGAGAAGAAACGUUUAGCGAUAUGUAAUGCCGCACGUCAAUGGGAUAUUCAGCAAAACAGAGUUACACCUGUCGCUUCUUCGGAUCAAGAGAACAGAGACUGCGAGAGUCCUUCUCAAAAAGCAUGGCGUGUAAAUGGGGCUACAACGUAUGAUUUUACCGAAGAGAAAAGAUCAAUUGACACUGUUCUCAGUAGUGCUGUGGAAGCACUUUCUGUAAUAGACUCCCAUCUUGUGGAACUGGAAGGGGAUACCCUCUGUCUUUAUGGGUUGGCAGCUUUGGAGUCGUUAGAUAGGACCUGGAGCGUUCAGACAUCUGGAUCAGUCAGCACGGUCUCCUUUACAUUUAUCAACUUUGAUGAUAUUGUACAAGUUUUACCAAAACUGAGAACCAAAUUUCCCAAUGCAACGCACUUAAAGUUUAAAGAAACCAACCUUGUCACUCUACAUCAGUUCAAUGCCUUGGCUCAGCUUCGCCGACUCGAUCAGUUGACUGUGGAUCCUCAGGGAAACCCUGUUGUUAAUUUUACACUCUGGAAAUUCUAUGUUCUUUUCAGACUGAACAAUUUCAACAUACAGAAAAUCAAUGACAUUGAGGUCACACAAAAUGAUGUUGUUAUGUCUGAAAGACUAUUUGGAAUUCUUGCCUACGUAGCAUCAUCUGAACUACCAAAUUACAGACUUCAUGGGGAUGUAAAAAAGAAACCAUCCCACCACCAUCUUGAGGGGAAGCCUAAGAAGUAUCCUGCUGUAGGUGACGAAAGUUAUGAUUGCCAAAAACUAGGUGACAUCCCUAAUCGAGCAGCAUUAUACUACGUUCCUCAAGACCUGCUCAACGAGAAGCUGGAGGAAAUCAAAGAGAAGAAGGCCUUAUGCCACUCCUACGUACAGGACCUUGUGAAUGAAGCUGCUGAAAUCAACAUGAAAAAUGAGUCCCUGCAGAAGCUAUGGCCACAGAUGUUCAUUGAACUUGUCAGAGAUGCAGUGAUUGAAGUUCGUGAUAAAAACUCCUACAUGAAACAAUGUCUACAAAAGAUUUCAGAGCAAAAAUAGCUGUGCACGACCACGGUUUGACCAAGUCCAGGAAGGGCACUAUAACUCAGUAUUUAUUAAUAUAUACACGUUUUCAUGAAAUGUCCUAACCCGAUAAAGGAAGUAUAUCAUGUUUACUUACACCUGUGCUAGCCAAAUGCCUACGCCACCCUAGGACAUGACAAAAACACACAAGCUAUAUAUUUUAGUUUGACCAAUACAGAGGUGCAAGGCCCAAAUGCAUUUCUUAUCGUCACAAGAUUCCAAGUAUUAAUCUGUUUUGAAACCAGUUCUAAGCAAGAAAUGAUUGUUAUGGACAAAGGUCUUCCAUUUUUGUUGCUGUUGAAAAAUGUGGUAACUGGUUUGCUGGGUGUUUGGUUUGAGGGAUCUUUACUUUUCAGUGCAUUCAGCUUUUUAUGAACCCUUGUUAAAAAAAAUUAAAUAAAAAUCUAAUUAAUGCUU